AUGAGGAAAGGAAUGGUGACCGUCGUCCGCUGGGGUGCUGCUCCAAUAGAGAUAGGGAGAUGGAUGCUUCCAAUGAGCUGGACAACAUCACCGGAGAAGCUCACCAGGAGUGUGAUGUUUCGGUCAAGCAGUAAGACGGGAUCUGGAGGUCGUUGA